AUGUGGGGACGGGAGUUCAUCGAUGACAGUUUGUAUAAUCUCCAAUACGGCUACUUCUCCCAACAUGCCACCAUCUUCAGCCCCGGGGAGCCCUUCAUCUUCAACGACAUCGCCGAUGGGCCCGCGUUCCACACCAUGUUACGGAAUCGCUACACGGAGUUCGAGGACCGGUUAGACGAAGCCGAGCCCGACGUCGCCCGUCAGCUGUGGCAUACCCCGACGGAGCUCUUCCAGCCGUACUACGGCGAGACGAUCGCUCGGUACCUGGUGUCGAACUAUAAGCUGACGCUGUACCCGUACCACGAUCUGAUCAUCUACGAGAUGGGCGCCGGCAACGGAACGAUGAUGCGCAACGUGCUGGACUACAUCCGCGAGGUGGACUACGAGGUCUACCAGCGGACCAAGUACAAGAUCAUCGAGAUCUCGCCGGCGCUGGCGAGUCUGCAGCUGAAGAACCUGGUCGCCUCGGCCGAGUCGGCCGGCCACCGGGACCGCCUCGAGAUCAUCAACCGGUCGAUCUUCGACUGGAACACGUACGUGCACUCGCCGUGCUUCUUCCUAGCGCUGGAGGUGUUCGACAACUUCUCGCACGACAUCAUCCGCUACGACCUCAAGACGGAGCAGCCGCAGCAGGGCGGGGUCCUGAUCGACGCGGACGGCGAGUUCCACGAGUGGUACCGCGACUACCUGGACCCGGUGGCCGCGCGGUUCCUGCGCGUGCGCCAGGCGGCCGCCCGGCGCCCGUUCCCGUCGCCCCUGGGGCCGAAGUACAUGCGCACCCUGCGGCCGUAUCUGCCGGCCGCGGGCCAGUUCUCGCAGCCGGAGUACAUCCCCACCCGGCUCAUGCAGUUCUUCGACAUCCUCAACAACUACUUCCCGGGCCACCGGCUGGUGGCGAGUGACUUCAGCUCGCUGCCGGACGCGGUGCGCGGGCUGAAUGGGCCUGUGGUGCAGACUCGAUUCGAGCGGCGCACCAUCCCUGUGACGACCCCUUAUGUUCAACAAGGAUACUUCGAUAUCUUCUUCCCGACCGACUUCAACGUGAUUGAGGAUAUGUACCGGGCGAUCACCGGGAAGUUGACGCAGGUGAUGACAAUGACCCAAACCCUCCCCUCAACCCCCACCUGGAAACCCACCGUCUACGCCAAACGCCAGGCCCAACUAGCCGCCAUCCCCGAAGCCUGGCGUCUCCCCAACCCACCACCUACACCCAGCACCGACGACCAAGCCCAAGCCCAAGCCCAGCCCCAGCCCCUCGAACAAGAACAAGACACUCUAACCACCAUCCGCACCAGCGAAAUCCUCACAGCCCAAGAACUCGAAUGGACCGAAACGGCCGACACCACCACGCUCCUCGCGCACCUCGCCUCGGGGCAAAUCACCUCCGUGCAACUGACGACCGCCUUCUGCAAGCGCGCCGCCCUCGCGCAGCAGCUCACCAAAUGCCUGACGGAGAUCUUCUUCGAUCGGGCGCUGGCGCGCGCCAAGUGGCUGGACGAGGAGCUCGCGCGGACCGGGCAGCCGCGGGGCCCGCUGCAUGGGUUGCCGGUUUCGAUUAAGGAUCGGUUUGAUCUCGAGGGGGUGGAUACUACUGUUGGCUGGGUCGGACUCAUCAACAAACCCGCCCGCAAAUCCAGCUCGAUUGCCCGGCUGCUCGAGUCGAUGGGGGCGGUGCUGUAUGUGAAGACGAAUGUGCCGCAGUCGCUUAUGAUGUCCGACUCCUACAACCACGUCUUCGGACAAUCGAUCAACGCAUUCAACCGCCAGCUCAUCUCCGGCGGCAGUUCCGGUGGCGAGGGGGCGUUGAUCGGCGCCCGGGGCAGUGUGCUCGGCAUCGGGACGGAUAUCGGGGGCUCGAUUCGCAUCCCCGCGGCUACGCAAAGCAUGCACCAACACUACAUGGUGCCCCCCGUCGCCGGCCCAAUGGCCCGCAGCCUCGCCUCGAUCGAGCACUUCAUGGCCUCCCUGCUGGCCUCGGAGCCCUGGACCCUCGACCCGGGCUGCAUCCCGAUCCCCUGGCGCACGGAGCUGGCCCUGAAGCCUGCCACCAAAAAACUGCGGGUGGCCAUCAUCCACGACGACGGGGUCGUCAAGCCGCAGCCGCCGAUUGCGCGGGCGAUGCGCGAGGUCGAGCGGAAGUUGGUGGAGGCCGGGCAUGAGGUAAUCCCCUGGCCCGCGACCGCCCUGCACAAAGAAGGCACCGCGCUCUGGACGAAAGCCAUCUUGGCCGACGGGGGCCAACACUGUCGGUACCUGUGCGACAUCAUCGGGGAGCCGUUAAUCGAGGGGAUGGUCGUGGGGACGUCGGAGGAUGAGUUGUCGGUGGAGGAGCGGGAGAAGCUCGAAGAAUCAAAAUACACCUACCAAGAAACCUACCUGUCCCACUGGACAACCAGCGGCAUCGACGCCCUCCUGAUGCCCGUGACGCCGUGGGUCGGCUACCGCCCCAAAUCCUGGGUCGUCAGCGCCCAGUGGCUCGGGUACACGGCGCUGUGGAAUCUGCUCGAUUACGCUGCGGUCACGGUGCCGGUAACCUGUGCGGAUGCCGGGGUCGAUCAUCCAGAGGGUAACAGCGACAGCGAGAUCAUCAAGGAGUGGAGGGCGCAUGUGCCCCGCAAUCAGUCGGAUCGGUUCAAUUAUUUGCAGUACGAUAUCGACCUGGUCAAGGAUAUGCCGGUUACGGUGCAGGUGGUUGGGGGCAAGUUCGGCGAGGAGAAGGCGGUUGCUGUUGCGAAGGUUUUGGAUGAGGUUUUGAGGUAG